AUGACGUUAACCGACUUGGAGAGCUUCUCUUGCGCCCCGGGAGCAGACCCUCAGAGCCCGGUGAAACACUGGGCAGCCGCGCCUUGGGAGAGCAGAGAAAGCCCUGUGCGGAGGGAGACCACGGUCCUGAGGCGGACACAGACCCCGACCCCGGAGUUGACAAACUGGGACACCUUUGCUUCUAGUCAACCAAAAGUUUUACCUCUGUUACAGAUAAGAAGGAUGAAGAUACCUUCAGUAUUGAAAAAGCUGGCCUUCAGGGGGCCCUACAAAGGGACUGCCAAGAAAACAAAAGCACACACUGUGAACUUGGGUCCAGUACCAGCCGAGGAAGAUGCAGAGAAAGUGCCGAGAGGUUCUGUGUAUUGUAGAACCUCUGAAAAACCUAAGCCUUUUGGCCAGGAAGAGUUAAUUGUUAACGAUGGAAUUGCCCCACCACAACGAAUCCUUUUUCCACCUGAGAAAAUUCGCAUGGAUUGGCAACAGCCACUGAGUGUUGGAGUUGGACUGCAGAAUAUGGGCAAUACGUGUUACCUUAAUGCUACUCUGCAAUGUCUGACGUACACACCUCCUCUGGCCAAUUACAUGCUGUCUCUUGAACACAGCAAGUCAUGUCAGGAAAAAGGCUUCUGCAUGAUGUGUACAUUGGAAGCUCACAUUAACCAGGCCCUGCAUCUCUCUAAGAAGGCUGUCAAACCCAUGUCUGUUAUCAAUGGCCUUAGAAGAACAGGAAAGCAUUUCCGCUAUGGCCGUCAAGAGGAUGCACAUGAAUUCUUGUCCUUCACCGUUGAGGCUUUGCAGAAAGCUUGCUUGAAUGGAAGCACCACGUUGGACACAUCUUCUCAAGCCACCACACUUAUUAAUCAAAUAUUUGGAGGAUACCUAAGAUCCCAAGUAAAAUGCUUGAACUGCAAAGCCGUUUCUGAAGCGUAUGAACCAUUCCUCGAUAUUACUUUGGAUAUAGAGACUGUUACAUCUGUUACCGAGGCUCUGGAACAAUUGGUGAAACCUGAACAACUGGAUGGAGAAAACAGCUAUAAGUGUAGCAAGUGCGAAAACAUGGUUCCUGCCUCCAAGAGGUACACAAUACAUCGCUCCUCCAAAGUUCUCAUCAUAACGCUGAAAAGAUUUUCAGCUUUUACUGGUGGCAAGAUCAACAAGGAUGUAAAAUACCCUGAAUAUUUGGAUCUUCGAGCAUAUAUGUCCCAGUCAAUGGGAGAACCACUCAUCUAUUCUUUAUAUGCAGUUCUUGUUCAUUCUGGUUCCACCUGCAAUGAAGGACACUAUAUCUGCUUCAUAAAGGCCGGCAAUGGAUUUUGGUAUCGAAUGAAUGAUGCCAUAGUGGAGCGUUCUGAUACCGAAACGGUUCUCAAUCAGCAAGCUUAUUUACUUUUUAUAUCAAGGCGCUAUGAUUUGACACUUGGAGAAGGUGGCUUUUACUUACCAGCACCGUCUUAUCCCCGUUCAUUCCCUGGUCAACCGGGGUCUAAUAGUAAGCAGGCCGGAUUUAUGGGACCACAACUUCCUCCUCAUAUGAUUAAGAAUUCAAGUCGUUUAAAUGGAAAUGGACCCCUAAAAGAGGAUACAAAUCCUGUUGGUACCACCAUAAAAAGGCCAUCUUCCGCUCCACCAACCGCUUGCAUUCAAAACUGGGCAAUGACCAGUCCUUCAGCUACGGAUCCAUCAAAAGCCCAGAAGGUCACUCUCAGUCUUCAUAACAAAUUGCCUGAGUGUCAGUCUGUGUCACAACCUGGCUGUCUUGCCAGUGCUUUGGAGAAUGAGGAUCUCAGCAAGACCGUGCCUUCCUCCACAAUUACAAACUCUUUCAGAGCAGAGUCUACCUCAAAUGCAUCUACAGUGGCAGUUGCGGCUAACAUUUCCAAACAGGAAGUUCCUGAUGAAAUGUCUGUAGAGCCAGCAGUGAGUCCAAGUCCUGCACUCGGCUCCGAUGCUACAGUCCCUUCCAGUGCGGAGUCUUCAGGAAAAUCUGAGGCUUCGAAUGGCGUGUUUAAAAUGAACUACAAAAUAUCUUCCAAUGGAAUUGUAAUUUGGCAGGUGGUCGGCACAUUGCAGAAUUCCCGUUCUUUCUGUGAGAGUGCUGAAGAAGAGAGAUCCCAUCCUGAGCUGCCACAAAAUGAUUCACUAAAUGGUGCUAUUAGUUUAGACAUUGGAUCUAAACAAAAUGGACUGAAACUUGAUGAUUUUGCUUGCCAAGUCCAACCUGCUAAACCUUCUGAGAUUUUCUCUGCUGAAACAAAUGGAUUGCUUGAAGCAAUACCUGUAGCUGAGUCACCAGUUCCUCAAGAAAUAAUCUUAGAAUCCCUGGCCUACAACCGCCUGAACAGGUCGUCAGAGAAAACAAGGGUUGCAGAUGUCAGCGCCGAGCAUGUAUUAUUCUCGUGUGAAUUACAAGCAGAUGCCUCAGGAAAAUGUUCUCGUUAUAGAUCCCGAAGCAGAGAAAGAACAGAACAAAACAGGAAUAGAUAUUACCCUUCCAAAGCAGAGAGAACAUGGAGCACGGAAAGGCUCUAUCGAGAUGAAUCACGGAGAUGGGAAAAAUGCAGAUAUUACAAGGAUUAUUCCUCUGUUCCUGGAACGGAAGAUGGCAGAGAGAGGAAGUACACUCAUUUUGAUAAAGACUUUGACAAACUGAGUCAGUUCUACAAAUUACAUAGCGAUUAUCAUUGCAAGAGCAGAUGGGCUCACAACACUCACUGCAGAGAGGAAGGAGCGCAUGACUUGGACAGCCACAGAGGAAAUUUCCAUCCUUGUUCACUACCUCAGCAGCAGCCUGAAAAACACUCUGGGGAAGGGCACGCACCUCCACCUGCCUCAGCUCAUGCACAGUUUGACAACUCUUUCCGGGAAAACGAAAAACCGAGGCUUGGCAAGAGGAAACAUGGCGACACAGAAGGAAGCAAAAGCGAGGUGGAAAAGAAACGCUGCCAGAUAGAUGAUAAAUAUCAAGGGAAGGAUUCCAAAUGCAAAGCUCACUGAUGGAAGCCUUCAAUACCCAACCUAAGCCUACCAACAAAAUCAACUGAUUCUCAUCCUCAAUCCCAACUUUUUACCUUCAAAACUGUCAACUCUUUACCUUCAAAAAUGAUGGCUCUUUACAAGGAACUCGGCAUUACCAAUAUUGACCAUCAAAACUUAUAAUUUAUUAUCGAAACAUUUACCAUGAGGACAAAAUCCAAUCAUAAGUGGUGCUUAACAUUUCUGCACAGAAUUUUACCAUGAAAGACUUUUUUUUAGUUUUUAACUUGAGACUUUGUUUUUUAAGAUAAUCCAAAAGUGUGGAAACUUUUUACAACUGCUGAACAUUGUAAAUUACCACAUUGUGUUCUCACAAGUGUGAGAUAAGGCCCUGGAAUAGACCAUCUCAAAUGCUGCUUAUUACAGGCUCAGGUUGACUUUAUGUUAUUCAUGUAAUGUUACUCCAAGUUAGACACCUGGUGCAAGAGCAACCAGGGAUUACAAAAAUUGCAACUGACAGUCUGUAUAUUUAAUUUAAAGACUUAUUUAAGA